AUGCGUGCCUCAACCACGCUUCUUCUGCUUUCCCUCGCCGCCGCAGGCGGCCUGACACUCGCGCCUCCUCGCGCAGCGGCGCUCCGCCGACCCGCCGCCGCGCUCGCCGCGCCCUCGCAGCUGCGGGCGGCCGCUCCGGUCGCGAUGCGGGCGCCUGCCGGCGGCGACGGGCAAUUAGCCCGGAUUGGCACCGCCUCCGCCUCCGCGGCGGCGUGGCUGCUGGUGGCCGCCGCCCGCACGCUCGCCGCCUCCACCGGCGUUCCCGUCCGCUCCGCGCCCGUCGACGUCGUUAAGUGGGGCGUCGGCGUCGGCGGCGCCCUCGCCGGAGCGGCGUACGUCCUCGCCUCGCGCUCCUCGCGCAAGUCCAAGCAGGCCGCGGCGGUGGAGCCCCCCGCCGCGCAGCCCGAGCUCGACGCCGACGUCGAGAUGCUCAACAGCCUGCAGGCCCGCAUGCGCUCUCUGUACGACGAGCCUGCGGAGGACGAGCCGCCAGCAGAGACGAUCUCCUCGGGCGGCACCGCGCUGCUCGAGCGGCCGGACAAGGAGGAGGCGGCGCCGGCGGAGGAGGAGCCCCUGCCCGAGGUGGACGAGGCCUUCCUCGCCGACGACUCCCUCGUCCUCGGCGACCUCGCGCGCCGCAUGCGCGAGAUCGCCGACGCGCCGCCGCCUGCGCCGCCCGCGCCUGCCGACGACUUUGGCUCCGGAGGCACGGCGCUGCUCGAGCCGCCGCGGUCGGAGGAGGCGCGGUUCGACGCCGACGCGCCGCCGCCCACCUUCCCGGACGGCUUCCCGCUCCGCGACUUCGACAGCGACGCGCCGCUCGACGCGCCCGCCGACCCCGCCGACCGGCUGGCAAAGCCGUCCGACGACGAGAUCGCGAUGCUCAAGCGGAUGAUGGGGGAGGCGUAG